AUGCAACGUCUUCCUCCAGCUGGGUGGUCACGUCACCAUUUAGUUUACCCGCAUCGAUGUAUAUAUUGUUCACCUAAUUCAAAUCCACGCGAGUAUACGCGCCCAGUCUCCCAAUUAUCAAAUCCACCGCUUCCUAUGCCUGAACCUACGUACGAUCCUUUUCGUUUUCCCGAUUCUCAUAAGAAUUCCGCAAAACACUUUAGAAAAUCUCAAUCUAACGAUUGCAUUCAUAUGCACCUUGUCAACUAUACGGACACCCGGUUAUCUGUAAAUGAUAGCACAAGAGUCGUAUCAUCUGUUAGUGACCGUGAAUCUGUAGUAAUUGAUAUAAAAGACGAAAUAUCCGAGAAAAUUUCCCCAAUGAAUAAUCCUUCUUGGUGGAGACGAUCUUAUUGGGUUUUUUUGACCCUAUUGAAUGUUUAUACGCUUAUCGGAAGCAUCAUUUUAAUUUUAUCUUUUUACGUUCGAACUAAUCCAUUCGAGUCCUACAAUAAUGCCGUUUCCACUUACGUAUUUGUUAUAAUUACUGCUUUAGAAUUGGCUCCUCGUGCAUCAAACAUUUAUCAAAUUCACCAAUACAGCAACGGAAAUAUUUGCCUCUGCGAUGUUAUCGCUAUAAUGUUGGGUAAAAAAGAAUUGUAUCUAUUAUACGGAAAAACACAAUUUACAGAAAAACAGAUUGACAAAAUGGGAUAUAUGACGGAUGCACUUUCUCUUAUCUAUUGGAUAUUUUUAAGUUAUCAAAUUGCACUCGAAAUACAAAAGAAUUUGGGAAAUUCAAUUGAAUUUAUUAUAUUAAAAGACAGAGAAAGAUUAUUAAUGUUUAGUUUAUUAUUAACUGUUACUCUGUUGGUAUUGAAAAUGUUUUGGACUUUAUUAAGAAAAUGUGUUCACUUUGUUGAUAAAUUUGAUUGA